GCCUACUUUCUGUCGUCAUCUAAAAGACGAAACUUACGUUGUUUCAAAUGCCCAAUUUUUUGCGUAUCUAACAUUUAGGAAUGACUGCCUUUCUAUUAGAUUGGAUUAUAACUGCAGGUUGUGACGGCUCUAUGCAUAUCAGUAAACUAAGCUUCACCUGUAAAAUGAUUAUUAGUGAUAAACACAUUUGCAAUUUAUUCAAAUGUCCAAAGAGUUCAUUCACAUAGGAUAUUCCAACAUGGUUUAACGAAAUAUUUAACUAAAUGUAAGGUUCUAGACAUAUAUAUUUUUCCUGUACUUGUUUUUUCUUGUACUGUACGUGUUUUAUUCCCAACGCGAAGGUUAAUGAGGAUAACAUUGAAUACAGAUUUCUCUCUAUACUCUCUAUCAGUGGAGAGGUUGCAUAUUCAGUAUACACUGCGUUUCUUGUUGUAUUGUUUGGGGAGACCAUGCUUUUGCCGCAAUGGUCGUUAACCUCUGAACGACCCCGUUCGGAGCCCACGCCUCAAACACUGUCGCAGGCAGUGCCAGACUGCGACCAGAAGAUGGCGCGCGACGACAAUCCAAGAGACGCAACCCGGGCCCCGCGAGCGCCCUGCCUAGGCGCAUACCCAGGCGCGCCUCCCUAACAUCCCACCAAGAUUUCCUAUUUGUGCACGAGUUUACUUCUGGAGGUCAUCAAGCAGGAUUUACGACUGGUCAACAAAAGCACGUGAUUCUCAGCAGUACCCCAUAUUUGGGUGCCUACGUAAGAGAGAAUCAAGUACAUGUUCUACUCAUUUCCAUAAUUCAUCAUAAAUUGUGCAAGGGUGCUAUAGAACGCGCAAAACCAUCAAGAGCCACAAAUCAAGUACACACGUUAUUACUUUCUCCACAAAAAAGCAACAAAUACCUGCUAAACAACAAUAUUGGAAUUAUCAACCAAUGAGCUCCUAUUUUGUAAACUCAUUCUGCGGUCGCUAUCCCAAUGGCGCGGAUUUCCAGUUACAUAAUUAUGGAGACCACAGCUCUGCAAACGAGCAAUACAGGGACCCCACGACCAUGCAUUCCAGCAGGUACGGUUAUGGCUACAACGGGAUGGACCUCACUGUCAGUCGCGGUAACGGGCACUUUAUGGCCAGCGUGCGGGCACAGGGCUACUCCCCGAACCAGUCGGUGGCGACAACAACGUCCUCGGUCGAGACGCCCAGGUACACCCAGCCCGCGAGCGCCACCGAGACGACGUCCCUCUCGCCUCCACCUGACCCGCUCCCGUGCUCCUCCUCUGUCGCGAGCUGCUCGUCUCCGGUCAGCGAGUCUCAACCUCAACACCGAGACAUAAAGAACUCCAUAACGAGCCCCUGCACGACCCCGAGUUCGAAUGGAGGCACUCUGUUGAACCGGGUGUGUGUGUCCAAAGCGUCCCCCCUCCAGGAAGAGAAGCCCGCGGGAAGGGCGCAGACAACUUCCCAAAAUGUCACCGACGGUGCCCAGCCCCAUAUUUACCCCUGGAUGAGGAAACUGCACAUGAAUCAUGACAGUCUGACCGGACCAGAGGGAAAGAGGGCGAGGACAGCCUACACGCGUUACCAGACACUGGAGCUCGAGAAAGAGUUUCACUUCAACCGUUAUCUGACCCGCAGACGGAGGAUCGAGAUAGCGCACGCGCUCUGCCUAUCAGAACGCCAGAUCAAAAUCUGGUUCCAGAACCGGAGGAUGAAGUGGAAAAAGGACAACAAACUAAAAAGCAUGAGCAUGGCAGCGGCAGGGGGUAUAGGUUACCACCACCCCUGAUAUUCGGUUCCCCGAUGAGCACUAAUAAAAGAAUACAAAGCUUGGGAAAACUUCCCAUCAUGUCAAAAGCCCAAGAGACUUUCCGAGGGCUUCUUAGGACAGUGAACAUCCACGUGUCCAUGCAAGCUCCAGCCUUUAAAAAUAAUUCCCUCUUUAUUUAUUUUAUUUUGACCAUGAUAAUGCUUGUGUGAGUAAAAAAAAAAACUUGCGUUCUGUAAAUGUUUGUCUUAAAGGAAAAACCAAUGGGAAAUACAUGUUUGUUUAACUGAUUUCUUGUUCAAAAUUGAAAAAACUUAAAGUUACCACAAAUAAGUCUAUUAACUAUCCAAUGAAAGUUGUGUAGCCUAUUGCACUCAUAAAACAGUAUAGAAACUCAAAUAAAUAAUGACUUGAUAAGAAAUGUAGUUGCUUUUGUGUAUAGCCUUUGUUUUAUAUGUAUGUAAGUAGGCCUAUGUAUUUAUUUGUUGAAUGUAUUGUACCAAACUCAGAUAACUUGUUCCUUAUUGUAGACAGACUUAAUAAGCCUUAUGUGAUUGUUGUGCGUUGUGAACACGUGAUGGAACCGCAGUUCUGACCCAGUGUGUGUAGCUGUGCCUAUGUACCUUCUUUUGCACGAGCUGCUGUAAAGUUGUUUCACCUGGCGCAUCUUCUUAGAAUGUGUUUCUGUCUUUUGUGUGUACGUUUUUUCCCUCGUUAGUUUGGAUGGGAAGGGAUACAUAGUGGAUCCCAUCGCGUAAGCGCCAUCGUGAUAUAAGCUUUUUGUAAAUGUUUUUAAAGAAUGACUGGAAAAUUAAAAUAAUAUUGUUAUGGUGACGCUGAUUAUAAUAAACUUUCUACGGGAACAACAGACUGUAAA